AAAGGUAUAUUAUUUCUUCUUCACUAUCCCUUCAGGAAAAGCAAGAAACUCACCCCUAUGCAAUAAUGUCUUUCCUCCACCUCUUUCCUCUUCUACUUCUUCAAUUUUCUUCCCCUUUUCUCAUCUCUUCAGCCUACACUCCUCCUGACAAGUACUUUCUCAACUGUGGAUCUGACUCCGACGUCAACUUUGGACUCAACCGACGGUUCAUCGGCGACGCGAAGCCCAGACCGUGGCUGAUCAGCCCUGGAAAAAGCAAACGGGUUAAAGACGACACCAUCUCGAAAACCAUACCGGAAAUCUAUCACACAGCAAGAGUUUACAAUGAGCCAACAUGGUACGUUUUCAACGGCAUCAAUCAAAAUGGCACCUACGUGGUGCGUCUCCAUUUCUUCCCACAUCAAAAUCUCCCUCAAGCUCGGUUUAAUGUCUCCGCAAGCUCUGGUUUUCUAUUGCUGUCCAAUUUCUCUGUCCAUAAUAGUGGUGCUAAGACACCAAUUGUUGAGGAGUUCGCUUUUGAGCUUCAAAAUGGGUCAUUUGGCAUCCAAUUUUCUCCGUUACAAUCUGCUCUGGCUUUUGUGAAUGCAAUUGAACUCUUUCUUGCCCCUGACGAAUUCAAACCACAGUCGGCUUACGCCCUUUCUGCACAAGUCAGAUUCAACGGCAGCCAGUAUUCCAUGCUUUCCGAAGCAUUUCAUACUUCUUACAGGGUUUCAGUGGGAGGUUCCUUGAUCACACCAGAUAACGACACCCUAUGGAGAACUUGGUUGCCAGAUGAUAAAUUUCUGGCUUUUCCAUCGUCUGCAAAAACCAUUAGCUACGGAGGAAACAUAGUAUACAAAGAAGUGACAACAGGUUACACAGCCCCAACUUAUGUGUACAGUACAGCGAAGGAGCUAAAAAUGGACGCCACGGGACGCUCAAGGCUCUCAAAUCUGACAUGGGUUUUCAAGGUCAAGAAGAACACAAAGUACUUCGUUCAGCUCCACUUCUGCGACAUUAUAACCGAACAACGAGGCACAACUUUCCGUUUCGAUUACUUCCUCGGCAGCAACCGAACUUUUAUGGAUUCCAGCGAAAACACUGACAUAAAUGCUUUUGCAAAGCCAUUUAGGCAGGAAUUUGCAGUUGUUACAGACAAUUCAGGGUUCUUCAACACCGGCGUGGCCAGAAAUGAUGAUGCUCCAUUGUCAAGGGCGUUCUUGAAUGGGAUUGAGAUUAGGGAGCUGGUGGAGAAAUCGUUUGUGGGUGCCAUUGUUGAGACGGCGGAAGAGAAGGGAAGAAAUCAUCUCAAGGGGGUGAUUGUUGGGGUUUGUGUUGGUGGGGGCGUGGUGAUUUUGGGGGUUGUGAUGGGGCUGGUUUUGUGCUAUUUUAGAGUUGGGAAGUCCAAAAAGUCUCGGCCUUUGCUUGUUCCUCAGAAUGAUCCUUCGGAGAAGAUUGUGUCCAUUGAGGAUCUUGCUCCUAAUUUGAACCUUGAGCUGAAGAUCUCGUUUGGGGAGAUAAGUGCGGCGACUGAUGGUUUUGACAAGGAUAGAACCAUUGGUGUUGGGGGAUUUGGGAAGGUUUAUUAUGGCAGACUUGGGGACAAGGAGGUGGCUGUGAAACGAAGCCGGCCUGGGUUUGGACAGGGUUUGAAGGAGUUUCAGACUGAGGUCAUUAUUCUGUCUGAAAUUCGACACCGACAUCUCGUUUCGUUAUACGGAUAUUGUGAUGAAGGCGAAGAGAUGAUCUUGGUUUAUGAAUAUAUGGAGGGGGGAACUUUGAGAGAGUACUUAUACGGUUCAAAGGCCCGUAAUAAUCCUCCAUUGUCAUGGAAGCAAAGACUCGAAAUCUGCAUCGACGCAGCGAAAGGACUCGACUAUUUACACACGGGUUCCACCGCAGGCGUCAUCAUUCAUCGUGACAUCAAAACCACCAACAUCUUACUCGACAAAAACUCCAUGGCUAAGGUCGCCGAUUUCGGGAUAUCGAAAUCCGGUGUACCGGACGCCAAGGAAUUGGACACCACCAUCCGAGGAACCUACGGAUAUCUGGACCCGGAGUACUUCAACACGGGCCAGCUGACGGAGAAAUCCGACGUGUACUCCUUCGGCGUCGUGCUUCUCGAAGCUCUCUCCGGGAGAGCUCCGAUCGUGGAGUCGCUCCCGAGCGAGGAGAUAAACCUGGCGGACUGGGCGAUUCUGUGCAAGAGCAGGGGGGAGGUGGAGAAACUGAUCGACCCUUUUCUUGUGGGGACGAUUGAGGCCAAUUCGUUGAGGAAAUUUGUGGAAGUGGCGCAGAUGUGUGUGGAUGAAGUUGGUGCAAAGAGGCCUUCAAUGCAUGAUGUGGUGUAUGAUUUGGAACUGUCUUUGCAGUUUCAGCUCACGCCCACAGGCGGGGGGAAGGGAUUUGAUGGCAGCACCACAAUUGUUGAUGCUCAGUGGGAGAUUCCUUCCAUGGCGAUGGGUGAUAUUGAUGAUUCUGUGAUGAUGAUGAUGGAUGAGGACAGCACCACUGUGAAUGCAAGAGAAUUGGUGGCGCAGUUCAAGAUUGAGUGUGCUAGAUGAUGGUGGUUUUGUUUGGUGUGAGAUGUUUACUUUACACUAAUGUCUUCAAUUGUGGAAAACAGAAUUGGUAAGUUGUUACUAUGAACAAAGGGGUAUGAGCUUUACAAAACUUUGUAAUGAACUUGAUGACAAUAAUGUGUUUUGUGUGUUGCUUGGAACGUAGGAUUGGAUGCAAUGUGAAUAUAGUUCGACUGUUGUAUACGUGCAUAAUUAAA